CGCCGUUGUUGGCAGCCACGGCGGCGCAGCCCGGGGAGCGAGCGAAGGCCCCGCCGCCAGUGCCGCAGGAGGCGUGAGGUGACAGAGACACUCAGAUGGCAGAUAACAGUGUUCCAGAUGGAGUUCCACCAGAUUCCUCGGAAGCGGCUAAAAACGCAAGUCAUGCAGGUCAGUCACUGCCUGUGGAGAAGGGGGCGCGGCGUUGGGGUGCAGAGCCACCCCACUCUGGAGCUGGGCCCCGACACUGGCGCACUCUGCCUAAAGCCGUCAAAAGAAGAAUCAACGCGCUGAAGCAGCUGCAGGUGAAGUGUGCCCACAUCGAGGCCAAGUUCUACGAGGAGGUUCACGACCUGGAGAGGAAGUACGCGGCCCUGUACCAGCCUCUCUUUGACAAGAGGAGGGAGUUCGUCACCGGCGACGUGGAGCCCACGGACGCAGAGGCCGAGUGGCACAGCGAGGAUGAGGAUGCAGAGAAGCUGGCCGCAGAUGUGAGAGAUAAAGCCGUCGUGGCGGAGAAGGAGGCCGCCCCCGCAGAGGAGCCCAACCCCAGAGGCAUCCCCGAGUUCUGGUUCACCAUCUUCAGGAACGUGGACAUGCUCAGCGAGCUGGUCCAGGAGUAUGACGAGCCCAUCUUGAAGCACCUGCAGGACAUCAAAGUGAAGUUUUCAGACCCCGGACAGCCCAUGUCUUUUGUGUUAGAGUUCCACUUCGGACCCAACGACUACUUCAGCAACCCGGUCCUGACGAAGACAUACAAGAUGAAGUCGGAGCCCGACAAGGCCGACCCCUUCUCCUUUGAAGGCCCCGAGAUUGUGGACUGUGACGGGUGCGCCAUCGACUGGAAGAAGGGGAAGAACGUGACGGUCAAGACCGUCAGGAAGAAGCAGAAGCACAAGGGCCGAGGCACCGUCAGGACUGUCACCAGGCAGGUGCCCAGCGACUCGUUCUUCAACUUCUUCAGCCCGCUGAAAGCAUCUGGAGACGGAGAGUCACUGGAUGAGGAUUCCGAGUUCACACUGGCCUCAGACUUCGAAAUUGGCCACUUCUUCCGUGAGCGGAUCGUCCCGCGGGCGGUGCUGUACUUCACGGGGGAGGCCAUCGAGGACGACGACAAUUUUGAAGAAGGCGAGGAAGGAGAGGAGGAGGAGCUGGAAGGUGACGAGGAGGGAGAAGACGAGGAAGAUGCGGAGAUGAACCCCAAGAAGGAGCCCAGCCAGCCCUCCGAGUGCAAGCAGCAGUGAGCAGGCCGCGGCGCCCGGACCGCGCCGAGCCGUGUGGUCUCCGCCGACUCCCCCAGCCUUCACGCGGCCUGCACGGCGGCGCCCCGAGCGCGCUUGCGCAGUGGGAGGUGCGCGCCCGCACCCUCGGGCCCGGCCGUGGUCUGGGCGCGGGGGUGUCGGCCUGGUGCCCGCGGCCCCGCCUCUGUGCUGGCCUCCGGGGCAGCGGGCGGCGGGCAGGGCCUGGUGUCCUUGGCGUGUUCCUGCUUUGGUUUGGUUUCCCUCGGGGUGAGCGGGUGGUGCCGUGUGCACGCCGCCCCCGCCUCUGCUUCUGAGGCCCCCCGUAUUUAUUUAUUCCUCACGCUUGUAGGGGCUUGGGGCGCGCACUCGGCAAGGGGCUCAGCCUGCGUGGGGGCGCCCCCACCCGCGCCAAGGCGAGAGCUGUCGCGGCGGCUGCAGAGAGGGCGUGGGCAGAGGUGGGCUGUGGGCUCCUGGGGGCUGGGCAGGCGCGUCCAGGUGCCUGUGGCGGGUCGGGCCCCAGCGAGCAGCCUGUGCGUCAGCCUCGCUCGCCUGUUUGUACCUGAGGACGUGUUUUCAAUUUGUACAGAAUAGUUAGCAUAUUCUAUUAAAGUUGUGAGACCGGA